CGCCCUCCAACUCGAGGCUGGACGAUGGCAGCGGCGAACUGCUAAGGGUCCGGGUUGUACGGUGGUCACUUCAGUCGAGCUGGGAUGAGUCGUGGACGAGCGCGGAGGUGACGGCGAUGUCUCUUAACUCGAGCGGAACUCGUUCCGCACUUCAGAGUUCACCACAGGACCUCACUUGGCGCUCGCUUGGCCUCUCCGGGAUCAGCAAUGGCUCCACUGAGCACACCAAGUGGCUUCCAACAAAGCCUACCAGCAGCAAGGAUGAGAUGGCUAGGGGUAGCGGCAUCAUUCCAGCUGGAAUAGCAGCCGCUGUCUUUAUUGGCUUCCUCCUCUUGUUGUAUGCCAUCUUAUGGAAGUGCAUGGUGGCAGGUGCAAGCAGAAAGAAGAAGAAAAUUAAAAAAAAGCAGCCCAAGGUCUCGUCCGAAGAGAUGCUGUGUUGAUUCCAAAGAACAAAAGCCGACUGGGACCCUCCACCGGCAGCGCAUUGAGGCUGAAUUUGUGAAGUUGGACCGAUGCAGUAAAGAUGGCGGGCACGGCCCACCUGGAGUGCGGCUUUGGAGACCGAAGUGGGUGGGGCAGUGGUGUUUUUCAGCCCAUUGGGAUCUGCUCCUGCCACUUCUGUAGCUCCGUUCUGUGGUGUCCCUCGUGGGCCCUCCACCACAGAGGAUCACAGAUCUGACUACUGUGUUUGUCUUAUGGGUACUUUUCACAAUAAACUGCCUCAUCGCGUUUAUUUGCUCCAGCCAUUUUAGCAUUGGGCAGAAAUUUUAUUUGAAAGCCAAAAUCAGGAAAACGUGGCUUUUGAUGUGAUGGCUAAUGGAGCUGGCUGACUGGUGAAGCCUUCCGUUAUAUAUUGUGUGGCGAAGUUCACUGCUCUUUUGAUUCGGCAUGCUCCACCCUGUGUGUUACUGGCAUUUGGGUUUCCUGUCUAGGAGGGGGGCGGAUUGAAAAAAUGUGAUUUCUGUAAGCUAAGUUUGAAUUCACAGGCCGGGCUUCAUGGAGGUUGGAGAAUGCCGUUGUUGAAUAAGGAAUCAGGGAAGCCGCGCCAACCUUCCUGGCACUUCAGCUUUGUCUGUAAAGAAGGCCGUUUUUAACCAACCGUGGAUGGCCUUUGGAAACCUCGCUGGUGGGUCGGAACAGUCAGGCGGGGGAACGGCAUUCAAAACACUGUGGACACUUGAAUGCACCAGAGAGAGUGUGCUUGGGCUUGAUGGUGGGCUGCAGCGGGACAUCUGGUCAGUCCCAGAAGAAGCUUGUGUGAUGUGGCAGGAAACGACGCACCUGGGCACUCUGGGAUACUGGGAGCCGCCUUUGUGUUUGUGUGCUCGCGUGCAAAGAACAAAGGCAGGAGAAGGAGCAUUUGACGACUUGUGUAACGUUUGGACAGGACUGGGUGUGCAUUUGUACGUGGAGGAUUUUAUUAAAGCUUGUCUAAAAUCCCA